GUGCCAACUGCCACAGCAUUCAAUUGUUUUACAGAAUUAUGUCGUGGGGCAGAGGUUUGCAAACUAGAGUUUAAAGAUGCAUAUAUAGCAAACAGUAGCUGUGAAGAACCUCAUCGUCAAGGGCAUGCAGUUGAUUCUAAAUGUGGAUUUUAUUUUCCUACUAGCGGUAAAUGUUUCUGUGAAGAUCCAGGCUGUAUGCAAAGGCUAUAUUCCCUGACCACCACUAUCGGGACGACCAUUCCAACAACUACAUUAACAACAACUUUUUCAGAAAAAUCUACACAGCCAGUAUGUAUGGACUUUGAUGCGAGAUGUAACAACAGUAUCUACCAACAAAUUUUAUGUGGAUCAAAAGAUCCGUCAAGUAUAUCACUUGCCGUUUCUACAUGUCCGAAAACAUGUAAUCUUUGUGAUGAAUAUUUUGCGCAGCUAACUACUAUGGCCCCACAAGCUGUCACCGUUAUUACAACUAAAGAAAUGUUAACUACGCCGACUACAACAGCUAUACCUACUGCGACUACAACAAAGUCACCAACCACAAGUACACCGACUACAGCAACUUCAGCAACCACAACCACUACACCAACCACGACAAGUUCACCGACUACAACAACCUUACCAACCACAACAACUACACCGACUACAACAACUACAACGACAUCAACAACUUCACCAACAACAACAACUACUUCUACGACAACAACUACUCCAACCACAACAACUACUCCAACCACAACAACUUCACCAACAACAACUACUCCUACGACAACAACUACUCCAACCACAACUACUCCUACGACGACAACAACUCCAACCACUACAACUUCACUAACCACACCAACUACACCAACCACAACAACAAAGCCGACUACAACUACUUCACCUACCACAACAACUUCACCGACUACUACAACUUCACCAACCCCUGUUUCAACACAAUUGACAAAUACUCAAGUAACCACAGCACAGCUUACAUGCACUGACCAAAACAUCAAAUGUAAUGAUCACAUCUUUACCGGUUUCCUGUGUUCAAACUUAGACCCGACAAAUUUAGACUAUGCCAUUGCUACAUGUCCAAAGACCUGUAAUCGUUGUGCUGAAUAUUACGAUAAAACAUAG